GAUGGCGCUCAGCAAUUGGCGGGAAGGAAGGGGGGUAGGUAGGAAGGGGAGGGAGUGACAGCUCCCUUGGAGACACUGUCCCCUGCGAAUCGUUUAGGACACUUUUUUCCCUGGAGGUUAUGUGUGGGCUUCCGCUGCGCCAACCGUACUCAACCCGGAAACUCAUCAUUCGGUGCCAAGCGGUCAAACAUUUGAGUUGGCCGGACGUCAACGAGUGGGGUGGGGGACAGAGAUUCUUUCUGCCAACAGAUGUCUUUCUGCUUGACUGAAUUGCACCUCUGGUCUUUAAAGAAUACCUUGCAUAUUGAAGACAGAGACAUUGGGAUCUACCAGUAUUAUGACAAGAAAGAUUCAGUUUUGCCAACAGAUCAUGGUUACUUAGAAGAGAAGCAACAAUUGGCAGAAUCACGAGAUUAUCCUUGGAUACUCAAGAAUAGACGUCCAGAAAAACUUAGAGAUACUCUCAAGGAGUUGGAGGAGCUGAUGCAAAACAGUCGAUGUGUGUUGAGCAAAUGGAAGAACAAAUAUUUCUGUCAGCUCCUUUUUGGUUCAGGUGUGCUGGUGUCCCUAAGCCUUUCUGGGCCACAGCUGGAUAAAGUGGUGAUUGACAGAACCCUGGUGGGGAAGCUCAUCUCCGACACCAUCAGUGAUGCUAUUCUCACAGACAGUUUCAUCAUCUUAUCAUUUUUGGAACAAAAUAAAUUGGGCUAUAUCCAAUUUACUAAGAAGUUGGAUUCCCCUGAUGUAAACAAAAGAUUUGAAAAACUCUCCACCUCAGAGUAUAAGAUAUCCUACCUGGAAAUACCAUGGACCAGUCACCAGGAGAAUAGUACCGCCAUCUAGCUCAUCAAUUGUAUUCAAGAUAUGGCCAUUUGUUGGUGGGAAAUAGCUAGUGAUGAUGUUUGGCCUUGGUCUCCUAUUUCUAGUGAAAAGGACAGAGUCCAAUCUAUUGUUACUCGCUUGAACCAUGGAAGACUGGAGGUUCUGAGUUUCAUCCGUACAGAAUGGAAUCCACUUGAUGCUAGCUUUAGCACUAAUCAGCCUUAUCAGGUGCACACAGUAGAGCACUCCAUCAGUGUAGACAAAGAACCCAUGGCUGACAGCUGCAUUUACGAGUGUGUUCGGAACAAAAUCCACUGUGUCAAAGUCACCAGAAUACCCCUACGCUCCAAGGCCAUCAGCUGCUGCAGAAAUGUUGCUGAAGACAAACUAAUUCUAGGAUGUGAAGAUGCAUCUGUCAUUCUCUAUGAAGCCCACCGAAGAGUGACUCUGUUGGCUCAGGCUGAAAUCUUGCCUACAUUCAUUAGUUGCCACCCGGGUGGGGCCAUCCUACUGGUUGGAAGUUCCCAAGGGGAUUUGCAGAUUUUUGACAUAGCACUCUCACCUAUUAAAAUACAGCUUUUGGCAGAAGACUGCUCACCAAAAAAGACCCUGCAAUUUAGUAAACAUUUUGACAUCUCCAGUAGCCUUAUUCAAAUUCAGUGGACAGUUCCUCAACUUGUUCCUCAGACUCCUAACAGUAUUGAUGUUCAUGAUCUCCUAUUCCUUAGGUUUGACAGAGGGCCACUGGGUGUACUUCUGUUUAAACUAGGAAUCUUCACAAAAGGACAGCUGAGUCUUGUAGACCUCAUCCAUCAAUAUAUUCAUUAUGACGAGAUCCAUGAAGCAAAGGUCCUAAGCAGCAUGAAUUGGAAUAGUAUGGGUCAUCAGUGUUACAUGGGCAUGAGUGCCAUUGCAAACCAUCUUCUUAGACAACGGCUAACGCCAGAGAGAGAAGCGCAGCUUGAGGCAAGCCUGGGAUCCUUCUAUGCGCCAACAAGACCCCUCUCCGAUACAACUAUAUUGGAAUAUAGAGACCCAAUCAGCAAUACGCUAGGAGGUUCUUUCCACCACUUGCUCAGGUACCAGAGAUUUGAAAAGGCCUUUCUCCUAGCUGUUGAUAUUGGUGCUCGGGACCUGUUUAUGGACAUCCAUUACUUUGCAAUAGAUAAGGGUGAAUUGGCGCUAGCUGAAGUGGCAAAGAAACGAGCUAACGACAUUGAUGCAGAAUCAAUAACUACUGGAGUUGAACUCCUGGGACCAUUGGAUGGAGGGGACACACUAAAUGAAGCUUUUGUUGGCCUGUCUUUAGCACCUCAAGGUGAAGAAACUUUUCCACAUAAUCUUCCUCCGUCUGGUUCAAGCUACAGACAUAUCUCACAACAAACAGCCUUGACCCACUUUUCAAACAGACCUAAAUACAACAGAUUGGCACCUGAUAGAGAGACUAGACUUGAGAAAGACAACUACGCUGCACCCUUGACGGAAAAGAUGUUAGCCUGGAAUUCAGAAGGAGAACUAGAAGAAGACUACACAGAGCAGGAAAUUGAAGAUGAUGGUUCUCUGAGAAUGGUUCACUUUGGUUUGGUGUAACAAAGAAAACCCAAUCUUUCACUUGAUGACUUUAUAACUUUAUUCCUAAAUGUGCCCCAAUGAGAACACACAUGGCAUAUACACAUAGUCCAUUUUUCACCAGGUUUCCCCAUAUCAAUCACCAGCCAUCACUCCGACAAACCACUCACCACAUCCUCUUCAAAUGGCUGUUCACUUCUAGGUUACCUGCUACUUCUAAACACCAUGGAUACUGUACCUCUGAUAUGUGGGAAAAGCACUGCAUAGAUGGGAAGGUCAGAGAGAGUAUAUACUUAAAACCAUCACCAACGCCAUUACUGAGUUUUAAGUUAUCCACCCUGAAUAUUGAUCUAGUAACCCAAAGAACCCAUUCAGAUCUCAUAUGGAGUAAAGCAAAUGGCCAUAUAUAAUUACAUAUUUAUUAAUACCAAAAAUGAAAUGUAAAACAGCAAAUAAGUUUAACUGUAGACAAAUGAAACCCAUUAUGCUAUUCAUCAACUGUAUGAUUUAGUCUCACAUUGUGUUACCUACAUAAGAUUUGACAGUUGACAAAUUCUUUUCUUAGGUGACUACUGCCUAACUCAUCCCUUGGUUUUACAGGCAAAAAUUGAUCCAUAUUUUCAGAGAACCAAGUAUUGGCAGUGGCGAGGAUAUAAAUUAUUUGCUUUGAGAUUUUGAUUGUAUGGUGAAUGCCUUGUUUUACAACAUGUUGGAAGAAUGAGGACAUCAAUUAGUCAAACCUGAUUGACUAAGUAAGAGUUAACUCUUGAUUGAUGUUCUUGUUCAGCCACAGCCCAGAGAGGUUCUCAAGGGGCCAGUUUAUCACUAAGGCAAGAGGAGUCACACAAGCGGAGUCCUGCCGACUCAACGGCAUCUAUAUGCCCUUAGUAUAAAUAUGCCUGUGGCUUCUCCUUCAGCAAUGGUACAAUCAACCCUCUCUCAAAAUGUCUUAUUAGGGAUGACCUCCUCUUGGCUCUUCUCCAACUGCUCUUAGAAAUACUCAGGUCCUAAAUAGCUUUCAUGUUGAUUCUAGUUAGCUCUAACUGGAAUGCCAGUGACUAAAAUGAAAUAUUGAGAGCAUAUCUGAAAUACUAGAUCUAAAGUUUUCUUCUUGGUAAAGUGCCAGAUAAUACAUUUCUCUUCAAUCACUUCCAGAAAUGUGUUUUUAUGCAUCCUCCUCUAUUUUUGCUUUAAGUCUCAACAUUUAAAGGGAAAAAAACUACACAGUAUCACAAUAUUUUUCUGCGUAAUGUUUUACUCCAAACACAUUUCAUGAAAGAAAUGCUAUAUAUACAAUUCUUCGUGUGUUCAUUUUUAGAAAAUCUUCAUUUGGAUGCAGACAUUACUUGCUGCUACUUUAAGAGUCUAAAAAUCAUUCUAUUGCCAUUUCAAUGGAGUAGAUCUUGACUUCAAAUACCUUCAUGAAAAAAGCUGACUUUCAAAAGAAGGAGUAUUUCUUCAAGAAUGCUCUCCAUUUUUGUAAUCUAGAAAUAUAAUCUCAGUUGAAUAACCACUAUUUUCCCCCUUUUAAAAAGACGUGGAGCCUCUUUAACAUCAUUCCAUUGGAAAUCCAGAUUUAAUCUUGCUCUUCUAACUGCUAAUGUAAAAUGAACAGCCAUGGUGGUAAUCUGCUUCAUUCAAUACUAUACUUCUGUCCUGAAUUAUUCAAAGAAAACAUAUAUUUUCUUAUUCUGCCACUAUUAUUAGAGUGCAUACACUAGAAAUCUGUAUACACAUAUAUGUAUGUAUGUAAUUUUUAUCUUGUAGGUAAAGAAUUUGUAUUGAAAACCAAAUCACAGUAUUCUAACAGUGUAAUUUUGUGUUUGUGAAUUAUUUUCAUAGAAUGGUACAUUUAAAGCAUUUCAUUUAGAAGAUCUUAUUGAUGAAAAAGAAUAUGCCUCUAUAUUUGAAUCAGUCAUUUAUUCACAAUUGAGAGGUUUUCUGACAAUAUUACCACUCCUGUUACGUGAAACACUUUAUUGAAUAUUAACAAUUAGUAUGUUAUUCCUUGAUUAGGAAAAGGGCAUACACAAAAUCAUGUAAAUGCUUUUAAAACAAGAGCCAAAAAGAUGUUUCUCUUCACUCAGCAAGUUAACAUUAAUAAAGUAAGAUUAAACCAAAUCUUUCCCCCAUCUAGGCUGUGUAUAUUAUAUAUGUCAUGUCCAUGAAUCCUUGUGACAAUCUGAGGAAAGUAAGUGUUUGUGAAAGAUUUGUAUUUAAUUUGGAUUUUUAAUACAGCAAUCAAUCAAGAAACAUCCCAUUUGUUCUGCCCAAAACAAUGAAAUGUAUUACUUAGCUUAUAGAGCCCUUUUGCUGAACUGAAGCCAUAUUUCUGUCAGUUCAAGUGAUGGUCUAUAUGAGGGAUUAAUCUGACACCAGACAGGGAGCCCUAAUCCUUCAGUAUAUCAUAAUCUAUUUACUUUGCAUACUAAGAGGAUUUCAGUUAAAAUGUACAGGAAGUAAUGCUAGCAAUGUACAUUAGAAGAGGAGCGGUUUCCCCAAAAUCUCACAUUUUUAAUAAAAUGCUUUCUUAGCACUCAUAGAUUUCUCUAUUGAAAAAGAAUUCAAUAAGUAUUCAGUUGCUGGUCAUGUACUUACUUUUCUUUAUAGAUAUGGGUUUGAAUCACUACCAUAUUUUGUGACUCUUUUUAUAUAUAAAUGUCAUACAACAAUGUAGCUUAAAUACAAGACUUUAUUUGCUAACAAGUCAGACAUUUUCAGUGAGUACAUUUUUAUGCCAUUUCUCUUAAUUUUUGAGAGUAAAAGCUCUAAGCCAUGGUGUAAAGAAGAAGAGUGCACACACACAUAAAUACACAUAUAUAUAUACACACACAUGCAUAAUUAAGAAUGUACUCUCAUAAUUCCUGAAACUAUUCAUGUGUGCUGUGGCAAAGAGGGCAUCUGUUAAGUAAAAAUUCCUCGUCUUAGCCUAUGAUUCUUUCACAUAUUAGGAAAAUUAAAUGAUUAAACAUUUAUAUAUUUUUAAAUCAUAAAAGUAUUUUAUUAUUUUCUAGGUACA